AUGAGUGGCGGCAAAGAAAAUCCUUUCAAGCAUCCUAGGCGAAAUACUCAGAUGGGUGUUCCACGUCAGUUGAAUACGGGGACAACUCUGAAACGUUACGCAUCAUAUUCAAGAGAGAAACCAACUACUGUUGAUCAGUACAAUAAUCGGAUUGCAAAACACCAGUCUUCUCCAAAAUCGGGAGCUAAUGUUCCAUUAAUCAUAAAUGAUUCAGUAGCCUCAAUAAUUCAUUCACCAAACAGUCAGCAGCAUGGCAUUUCAAAAGGAAACACUUCAGAUAAACAACAACAACAGAAUUCUUCACGUGCAGUUUCAGUAAAAUCAGAAGAAUUAGAGAGGAGUGCCUCGACCACAUGCUCUGAUGAUCUAUCAUUGGCUGUAUACUCCCUGUGGUUGUUGUAUCAGCGUUGUACAUCAAGUUACAUUGUAAACAAAAUACAAUCUGAUUAUAAAAAAAUUGAAAUAAUAUCCAGCGACAUAAAACGUUUAUAUGAGACGAUAACUGGUUUGCAAAGAGCAAAAUCAAAUUGGGAGAAUUGGUACAAGUCAGUGACAAAUUUACACAAUGAGUAUGACCUACUAACAGAUUUAAUGAAAACGUUAGAAAUACCCGUAAAUCAUUCAGAGAUUCAUCCUUCGGAUAAUUCCUUGGAUAGUCACAAUGGCGGAUUACUUCCCAGGCUUCAAAAAUUAACACUUGAGAAAUUCUCUCCACUUGUCAAUCGUUUACCUAUGAGAGGUAUUCACUUGGAUGCUUCAUACACUCAUAAAAAUAUAUUUUGUGAUCUACAACAGAUCGGUGAUCUUUCACUUAAGUUUUCUGCAUUUAAUGAAGACGAUAUUAGUGCAUUUGAAAAGUUGGCAGAUGAAAUUCAAAGUGUAGCUGUUCGCAUGGAGCAAAUGCAUCCUUUUAAAGAAGCUAAGUAUAAACAAUUAACUGAAUGUUUAAACAGUUUUCUUCUUAAAGCAUCAUUAACUUGUGAAAAACUUGAACGUGAAUGGUUAGCUGAAUUGAAAUGA